AUGUCAUUUCUCAAAAGACUUCAAGUAAAACCAGAAGGUGAUAUUGGAACUGUUGAUUUCUUAAGAAACAAAGAUUUGAUCCCUAUGGGACCAGAAAGACGUCUUUGGGGUUUCUUUUCAAUUUUAAGUUAUUGGGCGGUAUCAGAAUGUUGUAUUUCAACUUGGUCUGGUGCUGCUUCGUUAUUAUCUAUUGGGUUGAACGUUGGUGAAACCAUGGGUAUUGUAUUGGUUGGUAAUUGUAUUAUUGCUUCUUUGGCUGUAUUUAAUUCUGCUCCAGGUUAUUAUUAUCAUGUAGGUUAUACUGUCACUCAGAGACUUAUUUUUGGCAUUAGAGGUAGUUACUUUGGUAUUGCUAUUAGAACUAUUUUAAGUAUAGUUUGGUAUGCUUCACAAGCUUGGAUGGGUGGUUUGUGUUUAGGUUUAAUAUUUAGUUCAUGGUCAGAAAGUUAUUUAAACAUGAAGAAUACAUUUCCUGCUUCUGUUAAUAUGUCUACUAGAGAUUUAAUUUCAUUUCUUAUUUUUCAACUUGUUUCCAUUCCAUUAUUAUGUGUCAAACCUGAAAAAUUGAGUCCAUUACUUAAGUUUUCUUCAGCUGCUACUUUCUUAGGUAUGUUAGGAACGUUUGCCUGGCUGAUCAGCCACAAUGGUGGUGUUGGACCAUUAUUCUCAGCAAAGUCUAAAUUCGCUUCGAAAUCUGACCAUGCCUGGGCAUGGAUUUAUGGUAUUACUUCAUGGUAUGGCUCCUUGUCAGCCGGGGUUACUAACCAAAGUGAUUUCACAAGAUUUUCAAGAACGAAAUGGGUUAGUAUUCCUCCAACUAUUGUAGGUAUUGUUGCUUUAGGAACUAUUGUACCUUUGUUUGGAAUUUUUUCCGCAUCGGCAACCACUGAAAUGUAUGGAGAAGCAAUUUGGAUGCCAAAUAAAAUUGCUGAACAAUGGUUAAUUGAUGAUUACAGUCCUAAAUCUAGAGCUGGUGCUUUCUUUGCUGGUUCUUGUUUUCUUGCAUCUCAAUUAGCUUUGAAUUUAGUUGGAAAUGGUAUUGCAGGUGGUAUGGAUAUGGCUGGUUUAUUCCCCAAAUAUGUUAAUAUUAAGAGAGGAGCUAUUUUAACUUCUUUACUUUCUUGGGUUAUUCAACCAUGGUUAUUUUACAAUACAUCUUCAACGUUUGUGGUUGUUAUGUCUUCAUUUUCAGUUUUCAUGUCCCCAAUUAUCGGGAUUAUUGUUUCUGAAUUUUGGGUUGUAAGAAAAACUAAAUUAAAACUUUCAGCUUUAUAUACAUUUGAUGAAAAUGAAAAUUAUUGGUAUUGGAAAGGUAUAAACUAUAAAGCAUUCAUAAUUUUCUUCAUAGCUUCCACCCCAGGACUUCCAGGAUUAGUCCAUGGUGCCAAUCCAAAUAUUUCUAUGAGUACUGGUAUUCUUAAUUAUUAUCAAGGUAAUUGUAUGUUUGGAUUUGCUAUUGCCUUUUCAUUAAAUGUUGCUUUUAAUUAUUUAUUGCCUCCCAAGAAUAUUCAUGAAGUAGAUACCGAAGACAAGUUUAAUACUUUCACUGCUAAAGAAUGUGCAGAGAUGGGUAUUACUCCUUAUGCUGAAAUCGAUCAUGAAAGUGAUACUGAUGUUCUGUAUGAGAAUCUUGUGGUUGCUGGUGAAAAGCAAGAACUUAAAAGCGUCUAA